AUUUGCAGAGUAACGAAUAAAAAAAUCUGUGUUGCUCCCAAAGCUGCAGCUUCGGAAAGGAGGCUCGGAAAGGGUUUAGGAUAUAGAGGCUCCAAUUGUCUCUGCUAAAUAUGGCGGAGCUUGAGACUCCUAUUUGAGCUUAGCUCCAACCAAGUUUUCUCCUUCUACUGCAUAUUUUUUAACAUCUGGGUAACAGAGGAUCGAGUCACUGCAACGUUUAUUCUUUGCUAGAAAUAUGACGAAUCUCUGAUUGCUUUCAAGUCUCUGAUUUCUUUAAGAAAUCAGUGCAGCAGGUGGAAGGAUCGAUUCUGGAAUGGCGCCAGAGAGUUUUCUCGCGUCUAUACUGGCAUUGAAUUCGAUUUCAUCAGACAACCAUAUUAGUAAUAAUAAUUGCAAUAACUCGUCCUCUUCACCUUCUGCCGCCUAUGUUUCUGCAGAUGGCAUAGCCGACGCAGGUACGAGGCUCAGCGAUGGGGAUUUGGCCACCAGAAGAGCCGAGGAAGCAGCUUCCCGGAGAUAUCAGGCGGCAGGAUGGCUGCGAAAGAUGGUUGGAGUGGUUGGAUCGAAGGAUUUGCCUAAUGAGCCAUCUGAGGAGGAGUUUCGCCUUGGCCUGCGAAAUGGACUCAUUCUUUGUAAUGUUAUUAAUAAAGUCCAUCCGGGUUCUGUUCCAAAGGUGGUUGACAAUCCGGCUUCUGCUGUACCCCCUCCGGAUGGAGCAGCAUUGUCUGCUUAUCAGUACUUUGAGAAUGUCAGGAACUUCCUUGUUGCAGUUCAGGAAUUGAAUCUGCCAAAUUUUGAAGCAUCUGAUUUGGAAAAGGGAGGAUCGUCAACAAAAGUUGUGGAUUGCAUUCUUGCUUUGAAAUCAUACAGUGAUUGGAAACAGACAGGGGGAAAUGGUUCUUGGAAAUUCGGAGGCAACUUGAAACCUACCAACACAGGGAAACCCCCAAUUAAAUCUGUGAAAAACUUUGAACCAUUUACCCAGUCGGCAUUGAAGCACAUUCAGCCACCAGUUGACUCAAAUGCUCUACCAAAUGGGGAGAAAGUGCCUGAGGAUUCUUCAUCACAAGCAGCACUAAAUAAGCUUGUUCAAGCAAUUCUCUCUGACAAAAAGCCGGAUGAAGUGCCUACUCUUGUAGAAUCAAUGAUAGCAAAAGUAACUGAAGAGUUUGAGCGACGUCUAGCCACACAAGGCGAGCAGUUUACAAUGGUUUUAAAGGACCUUAUUGCAAGUGAAGAUAAGAAGUCUUUACCGAAGUCAAAGGUUUUGGAAGCACUACAAACAGUUUCAGGAGAGCAUACGGUGAAUGCUAGGGAAGAUGAGAAACAACAGACUAAUGGUGAUCCGAAAGGACAGAAUGAGAGGUACUUCUCUGAUAGCUCAAAUGAUGUAGAUGAGUACGGGAAGACUCUCCCCCAUUUACAGAUGCACUUCAGCCUUCAGCAGAAGGAAAUUGAAGAACUGAAAUAUAUGCUACAUAGUACAAGGGAAGGAAUGCAGUUGAUGCAAAUGGAAUGGAAUGAUGAAAUGUACAAUAUAGAAAAGUAUGUAAGGGGACUAGCAAAGGCUGCAUCAGGAUAUCACAAAGUGCUAGAAGAAAAUCGACAGCUGUACAAUCAAGUGCAGGAUCUGAAAGGAAGCAUAAGGGUAUAUUGCCGAGUGAGGCCAUUCUUGCCUGGUCAAGCGCACGGUCAAAGUGCAGUGGAUUACAUUGGAGAGGAUGGCAACCUCACAAUUGUAAAUCCUGCAAAGCAAGGAAAGGAUUCACGCAGAACAUUUGCAUUCAACAAAGUAUUUAAAUCAGCUUCAACUCAAGAGGAAGUGUUUCUGGAUACCCGGCCAUUGAUUAGAUCUGUUCUAGAUGGUUACAAUGUUUGCAUCUUUGCAUACGGACAAACAGGUUCGGGAAAGACAUACACAAUGGCUGGUCCUAAGGUGGUCACAGAGGAGAAUUGGGGUGUGAACUACCGAGCUCUGAAUGACUUAUUCCAAAUUUCUGAACAAAGAAAGGAUGUAUUCACUUAUGAUGUUGCAGUUCAAAUGAUUGAAAUAUACAAUGAACAAGUCCGAGAUCUUCUUACUUCUGAUGGCUCGAAUAAGAAAUUGGAUAUCCGCAAUAAUUCCCAGCAGAAUGGACUCAAUGUUCCAAAUGCAAAUCUUGUACCUGUUUCAUCUACACCUGCUGUGAUUGAGUUAAUGAACCUUGGGCACAAGAAUCGUGCUGUGGGGGCAACAGCUUUGAAUGAUCGUAGUAGCCGUUCUCACAGUGUGUUAACAGUCCAUGUCCAAGGCAAAGACCUUACCGCUGGAACAAUUCUUCGGGGAUGUCUUCAUCUUGUGGACCUUGCCGGAAGUGAGAGAGUUGAUAAAUCUGAGGCCACAGGAGAAAGAUUAAAAGAAGCACAACAUAUCAAUAAAUCUUUAUCGGCUUUAGGAGACGUGAUUGCUGCUCUUGCACAAAAGAACUCACAUGUUCCUUAUCGAAAUAGCAAACUCACACAGCUGCUUCAGGACUCACUAGGUGGGCAGGCAAAAACGCUCAUGUUUGUGCACAUAAGUCCUGAAGUAGAUGCAUAUGGGGAGACAAUGAGCACACUCAAGUUUGCAGAGCGAGUUGCAACAGUUGAACUUGGGGCUGCAAAAACCAACAAAGAGAGUGGCGAGGUUCGGGAACUAAAAGAACAGAUUGCCAAUCUAAAAAUUGCACUGGCCAAAAAGGAAGCAGAGGCUGAAGAGGUUCAAAGAACAAGAGAUUCAAGGAUUAGUCCAGAAACACAGAGGAUGAGGAAUUGUGUCUCGCCCUUGCAUUUACGGACGAAUUGCAUUGGAGAUGUCCAGCCACAGGUCAACUGCAGGCAGCCUAUGGAAGAUGUUGUAAAUAUAGAGGUAAGGAACAUUGCCCCCGGAAGACAAAAGAGACCUAUUUAUAGCAGGGACAUGCAACCAGAGGAGAUAAUUGAUGUCAGUCCUCUGUGCGCUGAGGAUUUAGGUGAAAUGAGGAAAUUGUUACGUGUACCAUCUCCUGGCCUACCAUCACCUGGCCUACCAUCUCCUGAUAGACGAUUAACAAUGUUGGACCGUGGUAGUCACACCAAGAACAAAACUAAGCAUGAUGUAUUUGAAGAUCAAGAUGUCAGAAAUUGGCAGGACAAAGUAAUGGUGAAUAAACAUAUACCUAUGCUUGGUCCAAUUUCACAAGAUGAUGUGUAUACAUCUUGGGAAGCUCAAAGACUGGAAAAACAAGACAGUUCUGAGUUCUAUUACCAAAGAUGCCCAUCCAGUCUGAGAAAGAUCUAUCCAGACUGUGAAGAAGAUGAGUCAGAAGUGGAACUUGAUUCAAGAAGCAAGGAUGAUUGUCUAACAAGUGACUCCUCAGAAGCAGAUCUUCUGUGGCAAUUCAACGUGCCAAAUGGUCCUGCAGUGGCAUCGGUCGAACAUGUCUCACGACUUAAGAAGCCACAACAGAGGAUAGCAAAGACUCCUGAGGGGAGAAGCCCAAGCCAAGCACAAACUCUUCCUGGAGCAGUGAAGCAGGAUCGUAGGAUGUCAAAUCAAAAUGUGAAUGGACAAUCGCAAGGUCGAACUGGAAGGCAGGUGCCUCACGGAGCAAUAGAUGCAAAACGAUUUUCUAAUGGGGGAAAAUCCAAGCUUGAGCCCAGAAAUGGUGCUAGUAAGUAGCCCAUUACAGGGAAUUCCAAUCAGUUAAGUCUUACAAACUUGAAAGAAUCCAAGCCUAUAUUUCAAGCAUCUUGCUGUUAAUUGGAAGCCGGGAAUGAGCGUUUGAAGAUGUUCUGCAUAAUUUUCCUUCAUUUCUAUUGUUCCUUGGUUACUAGAUGAUAGCAGUCCAGUGUUCUGCAAACAUGUCUUUGCCAAGGCAAGCAGUUACACGGUUGGACUUCUCUCAGUCAUCUGAAAGAUGACAAUAACGAACAGUGCUGCUGCUGUUAUUUUUUUGAUGGCUAUAUUCCAGUUCUGUGAACUUGGUAGCUAUCUUAUUCUCUUCUGAGGAUAUCUAUUAUAGGAUUGCAGAGUGUUGUAGAAUAUGAUGGAUAGCUAGAAGAGUAAGCAAUAAAUUCAUUGCUUCUGUAUGUCUUGUAAUGUUGUAUUGUGUGCAUAAUUAGAGUGGAGGCAUCCAUGUUGUUACAUGUCUCCAUGCUAUUGGAUGGAGGCUCCUCUGUAUUGUUUUGAGAUGUAUUUAUUGUAGAUUAAUCAAACUCCUCCAUGUAUUCUUUCAGUUGGCCCAACAUGUCUAUCAAUUUCAAGUUAUAUGAUAUAUGUACCAAAACAAUCCUGCUUCAGCGAUACAGAUUUCAAUAAUUAACCAUCAUCUCUCUUGCUA